AGUGCGAUCAAUAUUUUGGCGCACUGUUUUGAUUACUAAUAGUAAUACUUUCUACUGUCCCAACUAAAAUACUAGGAUGGUCGGUUAUAAUUAAUUGGUAUAGAAGAUACAUGGAACAUCAACCGGAGAUGGGAGCGUAUGGGGAGAACUCCAAUGUCCAGAACAGUGGGAAUUACAUUACGAUUAUUCCAGUGGAAUACUCAAGACGUGGAUAUCCUAUUCAAGCGGAGUAUCAAUAUAACGAGUUUAGAUCCCGCGAGGAGUACUACAGCCUGCAGAGCCAGAAGCUGCAAGCGGAGGUGAACGCCCACCUGUACUCAGUGUCCCAGCGCCUGCCUCACCUGUCCUACAGUCCACUAGGUCGGCACAAUGAGUGGGACAAGCAUGACCCACACAAGCCGCUGCAGCCUGACUCCAAGGAGAGCAACUCCUCGGAUUCCCUGGACAAAAGUGUUAUGGGCUCAAAUCUCAGCAGUUGUUCCAAUCAAACUGGAUCCAGUAGCAUUGCAGCUGGAUCCUUCAGUACCACAGAACCCAUUACCAGUGGGGGGAGCUCUUCCAGCGCUAUAUCACCACCUUUACCAGGAUCAUCAGGAAGUACAGCGUCUUCAGCUAGCAGCACAUCAAACCCAGUGACAUGCAUUUACUUGAUGUCCAAAACCACUGUGAUGGUUGAGAUGAGUUCUGACGAAGUCCCCACUUGUGUGACGUCGGCAAGAUUCCUGAACGCCGUCAUAUCUACUGAGGAGUUGGGCUUCAACACUCCCAGUGCCAGGAGUUUGGCCAUGAAUGUGUUCGCUCUUUGGAUGUGCAGCCCAUUAUUAGAAAUCCAGCUCAAACCGCACCACUGUCCGUGGCGCCUGUGGGGCGUGUGGCAGAAGCUGCUGCAGAAGUACGGCCACGGCUCGGAGACGCGCCGCGCGCGCGACCAGCCUAUACUGCGGCUACAGAGGAAUGUCUUCUUUCCCAAACAUCUGGAAGAAGGAAUCAAGGACUCCCGAAUCCAAGAAUUGUUGUACGAAGAAGCGCGUCACAACGUGGUUACGGGCAGGUAUCCCCUAGAGAGCGCUCAAGCGGUCAUGCUGGGUGGUCUCCAGGCCAGGAUACAGUUGGGGCCAUAUGACCCUCACAGACACACAGCUAAAUUUUACAGAGAGCAACAAGACAAGUACUUACCCCGGCACGCGCGCUCCGGCCGCUGGGCGCGCCUGCUGCCCGCGGGCCGCAAGGGCAGCCCUGAGGCCAAGCUGCUAGAGCAGGCGCAGCGCCCGCCCGCCGCUCCACCGCGCAAGCUGCGCCACAAGUACUUGUCGCACACAAGGACUACGCCUACGUAUGGCGCAGCGUUCUUCCAAGGUCAGAUCGAGCAGCCGGUGAGGAGUCUCACCAGCCUGCUGACGCACGAGGACAUCCCCGUGCUGCUGGCCGUCAACUCCAUCGGCGUCUACGUCAUCGACGACACUGAGAGUACUGUACUGCUGGGAUUGCUGUAUGAAGAGCUGUCAUGGGACAUUGGCUUACCAUCAGAGGAUAACGAGGACUGUCUGCCGUGUCUCUUCCUGCAAUUCAUGGUGGUGGAAAACGGACUGAGGGUUUCAAAAAUACUCCAGGUGUUCUCCAAACAAGCGAUCAUGAUGGACACACUUAUCUCAUUCUUCGCUGGAGAGUAUCGCAAGAGAGUUGGCCAAGACACACCCAGCGAACACAACAACUACGAGUACAGUUCAGACUCUGGCAGUAUAUCACUCCCACCGCUGUCACGACCUGAUUCGCCUCAGCGUCGAUUAGCUAACAAGUUGUCGCGUCUAGCGCUCGCAACCCACGACGGUCGCGGCAACCUGCUCGGCGGAGCUGGAGACUGGAACAGUGGGAUGCACCAUCGACAACCCUCGUGGAUACUGCCUAAACAUUAGUAUAAUGAGCGCAAGCAACCUGCUCGACAAGGCAAUGGUGGAAUACACCAUAGAAAACCAGUGUAUUCUCAAACAUAAUAAAGUUAUUUAGCGCUCGCAACCCACCACACUCGCAGCUGCUUGGGGACAUUGAUGGUAACGUCAAAUGAAUUGGAAUGCAUCAUAUAAAACAGUGUGUUCUAAAACAUAAUGAAAUUAAAUAAUAAUUAUUUAGCGCAUCACAACCCAUCACACUCGCAGUUGCUUGGGGACAUUGAUGGUAACAUCAUGAAUACUGUCCAACUUAAGCAUAAUAAUAUGAUGGUGGCUGUAAUAAUGGGAUGCACCAACAAUUACCCUCGUGUUCUUAAACAUUAGUGUAAUAAUGAUUAGCGCUCGCAACCCACAACACCUGCUUGGAGGAGAAGGAAGAGAUGUUGAUCGCGACUGUGACAUUGGGUAUACUAUGGACAACCCUAAUAGAUACUGCUCAAAUAUAGCGCUGGCAACCCACCACAGUCGCGAGUACCUGCCCUGUGAAUAUUAGUGGAACAUUAGGAUAGGUACACCAUCGACUUCUUUACGACCGUGGAUACUGCCUAAAAAUUAGCGUAAUGAGCGCAAACAACCUGCUCGGUGGAGCUGGCGACUGGUAGAGUGGAAUUCACCAUAGAAAACCAAUGUGUUAUCAAACAUUGGUUCAAUAAUAAUAAUUAAUUAGCGCUCGCAACCCAGCACACUCGUGAGAACCUGCUAAUAAAGUAGAUGGAGAUGUUGGUGGCGACUGUAACAUUGGGAUGUACUGCAGUACCGCUGCAUGCUCAAAGAAUAAUAUAAUAAUAGCGCUGGCAACCCACCACACUCGCGAGUAUCUGCCCAGUCAAUGUUGGUGGCGCCUGGAACAUUAGGAUGCACCAUCGACAACCUUCUAACGUAUUGAGCUCAAACAACCUGCUCGGUGGUGCUGACGACUGGUACAAAAUGGAAAACCGGUGUUAUCAAACAUUGGUUUAAUAAUAAUAUUUAAUUAGCGCUCGCAACCCAUCAAACUCGCGAGAACCUGCUUGGAAAGAUGAGGGAGAUGUUGGUGGCGACUGUAACAUUGGGAUUUACUAUGGACAAACCUAAUAGAUACUGCUUAAAUAAUAGUAUGAUAAUAGUGCUGGCAACCCACCAUAUUCUCGAGGACCUGCCCUGUGAAUGUUGGUGGAACAUUAGGGUACACCAUCGAUUUCUUUACGGCCGCGUAUACUGUCUAAAAAUUAGCGAAAUGAGCGCAAACAACCUGCUUGGUGGAGCUGGCGACUGGUAGAGUGGGAUGUUAUCAAACAUUGAUUCAAUAAUAAUAAUUAAUUAGCGCUCGCAACCCAGCACACUCGUGAGAACCUGCUUGGAAAGAAGAGGGAGAUGUUGGUGGCGACUGUAACAUUGGGAUGCACCAUUAGCAACUCUGUCGUGCUGCCUCGGCAACCUUCUCGAUGGAGCCAGCGACUGAAACUUUUUUUUUAUUCUUUACAAGUUAGCUCUUGACUACAAUGUCACCUGAUGGUAAGUGAUAAGGCAAUCUAAGAUGGCUUCCGUCUUAGAUUGCCUUAUAGGGCUAACUUGUUAGGAGGUUUCUAAGAGAUGUACCAUCGACAAACCCUCGUGUAUACUGUCCAAGUGACUAUAAUGAGAAAUUAUUUUAUUUUUCUGUUACAAAAAGUGUUUUUUUAACAAUUUACACAAUGUGAUGGUUAUAAGAUCUGAAUAUUCCUUCACUUCAAUGUUGUUUAUAAAGUUAUCAAAUAAUAACUAGGAAAAUACUCUUAUGGUGUUAGCAUUUAUUAGAAACUAUUUUUAAAUAAAUGUUUGAA